AUGAAAGCAUAUUUCCUCGUGCCGCAUUUCGACUGUCACCCUGAUGGGCCUCUGGUCCUGGGCAGUGUUCUUUCCGACCCGCUCGACCCGGAGGGAUCCCUCACCGUGCCUCUACCUAUCGCGGAGAGUGAAAUUCGCAUGUCCACUCAGACCAACGUCGAGGAAAGGCUGAAGAGACACAGGGCGCUUGGAGGCGGGGUGUUCCUCAGGUUCUUGGAGUGGAUGGGUAUUGGAGUCAGUGGUAGCAGUGACAAGAGCCACGACCGUCUCGCAAACUUCGCCAAGCUCGAAACGCGCACCUUCAAACCGAGUGAUGACUAUGUCAGACAAAGCAUCGAGGCACCCCAGACUCAGCGAUAUCUCACUAGCCAUUGGGUGACGAAGCCCGUCUACAUGGUCACAAGCGUCAAGAUUGCCUACGGGGCUAGCGUUAGGGAGUCGGUCGGCAGAGGCAAAGGCGGCAAGGGUUUUGUUGGCAUCGAUGGAAACCUGGUCGGUGGAGUCCCUGCGGCCGUCGGAGCCUCAAUGCAGGGCUUGUCAGAGGACGGGAGAGCCAUUGAGUUCAAAGAGUCGACGCCCUUCGUCUUUGCAUACGGGCUGAGACAAAUUCGCUACAGCAAGGGGGCUUAUAGUGAUCGGCCGUUCAGGAACGGUGCGUUGCAUGGAGUCAGGGACGAUCAGGACGACAAGACGAAAGAUGGUGGAGAGCCCGCAGGCGCCGGAGAAGCCGUGGUAUUUAUUGAGCUGGAUGAAGAUGACGUGACUGGAGAGGACAUCGGAAAAGACGCGCUUCGGGUAGACGACAUGGGUUCCAGCGACGAGAACGAUGACAAUGAUGACAUGGACUGCGAGCUAAUCAUGCCCAGCACCCGCGAAAAGGCAUAA